AUGGAGUUUUGCGAGUAUGGAUCGCUGAGGGCAGUGAUCUUCAACAAAGAGAUCAUCUACAGCGUCUCGACGAUCGUCCAAUGGGCUAGGCAACUAUUCAGAGCCCUAGAUUUCUUGCAACAACACGAAAUGGUACACCGAGACAUCAAACCGGACAAUCUCCUCCUGACCCGUCACUUCGUGCUGAAAGUUAGUGACUUUGGGAUAAUGCGUCGACCUGGUGAUCGAGAGGUGCAAAUGGCCGGUACUCCGGGGUAUAUUGCACCUGAAUUGUCGAAAGCUGCAAUCAGGACGAUUCCGGAAGAGCACCAAUACAAAUGCGACGUGUACAGCGCCGGAAUUGUCUGUUGGGAGUUGACGAGGCGAAAAAUUACUUCCGACAAAAACUACGGCAAUCGAUCGAUAAUCGCGCUCGGGACGCCGGAGGCUGAGAUCGAAGAAAGGAUCUUGUGCGCCCUCAACCCCGACUUUGAGCACCGACCGUCAGCCAGGGCCCUUCUAAAGGAAUGGGAAAACCUGGAGUUCGACUACGAAUGGCUGCCCGAACAUCGCCGCGGCCAUUCAACGCUUCUCCGGCCGAUCGGCCUCGACGGCAAUAUCGUCCCUAUGACUGCGGCCUCAGAAUUUGGCCUAGCCCCUCCCGCCGCUUCGUCCAAUUUCUCAUGGUCCUAUGGAUCGUUUGGGUCUGGAUUUGAGAUGAUCGAUAUGGAAAGUGGAGCGUAUGGGAAAUUGAUGAAUGCUUGGAUGAAGGUGGGUUAU